CAGUGCCAGCCAAAUUCGUAAUGCGCUGCAAGGGUCGGAUAUCCAGCAAAUCUCUAUAUAUGUUGAUACUACUACUAGAUGGAUCUUCCUCGAUCUUUUCACGAGUUGCCGCUCCCAGUUACAUUGCGCAACCUGACCAAGCUCACUCUCUGGCACCAUUCAAAUUCCUCUCGAGCCACUCGGCCUGGGCAACACCAUCCAUCCCUCAUGUCCAUUUGUACGAACAUGACACUCGACUGGUGGGCCUCCACUUUGAGGCAGCUCAAACAUCCACUCUCCAGGAUGACUAUCGAAAUCGAGUUUGAUAUCGAGAAUAUUCCCCGUGAGGUAUAGGACAAGUUUCCUCCUGCCCGUACUCCUGCUUGGGCGGCUCUUGUCCUCUUGAUGGACCUCACCUGGCCUUGGCUCAAAGUGUAUGAGAUUCAUACAAGACACUCGAGUCUCAGCGGGUUUGGGAAGAUUUCAACAUGAGCAUGAUGUCGAUGUGCUUUUGUCAAGUGUCUCCCUUAGAGUAAAAAGAAAUAUGGGAGGAAUUUCACCGGUUAGUGAAGGAAAGAUCUCCUCGCCCCAAAUAUGUAUGUGUUACACUCCUCUGAACAAUUUGAAUUACAUACCUCUUCCUCAUACAUCUAAUUUACUUAUAGCUUUGUUGUCCCUCUAACAUGUAUGAACUGUCUCUAUUAUAUUGAAUUCAUUAUAAAGAAGAUUCUAG